AUGUCUGCAUACAGUGCAGGUGAGAAUGAAGAAAAAGAGGAGCUUGUUGAUAUUCGCAAUAUCGAGGCAGUACAUAAGCUCUUACGUGAAACCGUUCUCAAAGUCACUAAAUGGGAUGAGGUCAAAGUACAGGAUGAAGAUAAUUUGUUCGUUCAAGGAAUGGAUUCUUUGCAAGCGUUGCAACUUAUUCGACAUCUGAGAAAAGCUUUAAGAAAACCCGAUCUCGCUAUCUCUAUCUUAUACACCAAUCCGUCAAUUGCCCAAUGGCUCCGUUCGAUUAUGGCUAUGUCUCAGGAUGAGUCGAACACAAAUACAGUAAAUGCAUCGAAUCGUCGUCAUAAAAUUGAGACAACCCUCCAACAAUACGUUCAACUUGUUGACAAGAUCUCUAGUAAACAUGAGUUUGGGGAAAAGUUAUCCCCGGUCAAUGAACAUGUGGUUGUCUUGACGGGCUCAACCGGUUCUCUUGGAUCAUAUAUCUUGAGGACAUUGAUGCAAGAUAAAUCUGUAUCACAUAUUUACUGUUUAGAUCGAAGCUCCUCGGCCCAUUCCCGGCAUUUGGAAAAGAACAAAAAGAACCACGAAUCCAAGGAUUUCCCAGCCUCAAUCACAUUUCUCAAAACAGAUUUCUCUAAAUCCGAUUUAGAUCUCGAUGACGAAACAUACAAACGAAUUCAACAUUCUGCAACAGAUAUCAUUCACAGUGCGUGGCCCGUAAACUUCAACCUUUCGCUCGAAACAUUCAAGCUACAACUCGAUGGGAUUGUUCAUCUUCUAUCUUUUGUCUCUGCAAUCUCACAUCACGUCUCUCUUCUCUUCAUAUCAUCUAUCAGUUCAAUACUCGCUCUCGAUUCCACACCCAUUCCUGAGACAAUCAUCGACGAUGUAUCGGCACCUCUUCCAAUGGGAUAUGCCGAGAGUAAAUUCAUCUCCGAGCGCAUUUUCGAUUAUGCUUCCAAGACAAAACUUCCUACUGUCGAUAUAAAAGUCGCUCGUGUGGGACAGAUUGCAGGUCCUGCUUACACAUCCGGCGUGUGGAAUCCGUCCGAGUGGAUGCCUAGUCUGGUCAUCACUUCUUUCCACAUGGGAUUACUACCAGAAAAUCUGGGGAGCAAUGAGAUGAAAUUAGAUUGGGUACCAAUCGAUAUCCUCUCCCCUUCACUAAUCGAUCUCUCCUUCAACCAACAUCCUCAAACCUCCGAAUCUGGCGCUAGAGUAUUCCAUCCGUUGAAUCAGAGGGCCACGACAUGGAAUACUCUACUCCCUAUCAUUUUAGACACCUUGAAUUCUCUGAACCCCAAAGUCCCGAUUAGAUCAACCCCAUGUACAGUCUGGCUUGCGAAAUUGAAAGACACGACGAGAAACCAUGUAUCCAGUACUGCGGAGUUGGAAGGGAUGUUGGAAAUGUAUCCUGCGAUUAAAUUGCUGGAGUUUUUUGAAUCGUUGCCGCUGACGAGGUGGUCGAAUAUGGAUGUGGAGAGGGCGUUGGGGGCUAGUGUGCAUUUGAAGGGAGUGAGCGGGAUUGAGGGGGCGUGGAUGAGGAAAUGGGUUGGGGGGUGGAUUUAG